AAGGUUUAAAACACCAUCAACAUUUUUCUAAUUGUUUUGCUAUGAUGCUACUAAAGAACAGAUGAUAACAGUAGGCUUGUCUCUCUACAGAUGACUAGAUCCUUGGAGUUGGCCAACAUGACCAGGGUUCAGCAGUUCAUCUUGCUGGGAUUGUCCACUAGGCUGGACAUAAGGGAUUCCCUAUUUGCUGUCUUCCUGACUCUUUACCUGCUGACACUUGUGGAGAACACACUCAUCAUCUACCUCAUCUGCAGUCACAAAGAGCUCCACAAGCCCAUGUACUUCUUCCUGGGCAACCUCAGCUGCCUGGAGAUGUGCUAUGUGUCAGUCACCAUGCCCACCUUACUUGUGGGUCUAUGGACGGGGCCCUACCACAUUCCCUUCACACUCUGCAUGACACAACUGUUCUUCUUUAUAGUCCUCAUCUGCACAGAGUGCACCCUCUUGGCUUCCAUGGCUUAUGAUCGCUAUGUGGCCAUCUGCCGCCCACUACAUUACCCACUGCUCAUGAGGCCCCAAGUAUGUUUGGGCUUAGCCUUGUCUUCAUGGCUAGGUGGGCUGAUUGUCUCAGUGGCCAAAACAACAUGCAUUGCCAGUCUGUCUUACUGUGGCCCCAAUGUCCUCAACCAAUUUUUCUGUGAUGUCUCCCCUCUGCUCAAUUUGUCCUGUACCCAUGUGGCCCUCACAGAGCUGGUAGACUUCAUCUCAGCCAUUGUCAUCUUCUGUGGAACACUCCUGGUGUCCCUAGCCUCCUAUUCAGCUAUUGGGAUGGCUGUACUCCGCAUGCCAUCAGCUGCUGCCCGGCGCAAGGCCUUCUCCACCUGUGCCUCCCAUCUGGUAGUGGUGGGCAUCUUUUACUCAGCAGCUCUCUUCAUCUAUUGCCGCCCCAGCCGCAUCAAGUCCAUGGACCUCAACAAGGUGCUGUCUGUCAUCUACACAGUGGUCACACCUCUCUGCAACCCUAUCAUCUACUGUCUGAGAAAUAAGGAGGUCCACACUGUGCUGAAGAAGACUCUCCAUUGGCCUUGAUCACCAUCUUCCAAACCUGGACCCCCUCUGACCAUGC